AUGCACUAUCACGAUGAGGCGAAAGAAUCUAAUAGCAUUGAGAUUUUGACCACAUUGAUGGAUGGAAGUGUGGACCAUGAAGUAGCCAGGCGCGUCCUACGGAAAUUCGAUGGCGAUGUAGAGAAAGCAGCUUCCGCCAUGAUCGAGGGCGACAGGGGAGAAGACACACAGUCGUCGUUAUGGACGUCGCACUCGCAGAUGGAGAUAAACCAGCCCAGACCGUUGGCUCCUGCUGCUGUUCGCCCGAGCUCACCGAUCAAUAUCGACCUCACGGGUGACGACGAUCAGAAUGACGAGUUUUCGCGCGCUUUGAAAGCGUCACUCGAGACAGCCUCCCAAGAGGGUCCGAUGUUUGGACCGAGCGAACGGCCUCCUGAUGCCAAUUGGGCGAUGGUGCCUUCGAAUCAGAAUGAUGUUGCUGCGGACGACCUGGAUCGCGCUAUACAAGCUAGCUUUGAGCAGGCUGAUACUGGCGAUGAAUACCAACCUUUACCCCUCGACCAGCAAUGGCGGAAGGAAGGCUGGCCUGUCACUUUACGUCCAACGAAACAUACGAUGGUAUACGCAGCUCUGGUUCUGCACGCGCUUUUCUAUGUUCCACAGAUUCGUGAACGCGUUGCAAAUUGGCGGCCAGCUCUGCCCGAAGGCGCAACGGAAGCUGAACCCCCAAAGAAUGGGCCAGAGCUCCUCAUGUGGAAGCUCGUCGAAACAUUCACCAACAUGGAUCUCGCAAAGCUUGUGGACCUGGACGCUCAUGAGGUGCUGGAGGGGUUCAAGCCUGAGCCCUGGUCAAACCCGGCGCAAUCUCCGGGCGAGCUAUCUCAACGAUUCUUCGAAAAGGUAGCAGGCGCCCUCGACAAAGUGUUCACCCAUGAAUUCAUUCGUACUGGACAGGCAAAACAGCGCAUCAUGCAGUUCCAAUAUGGGAACAGCAAUUUCGACGACGAACCCGGAGAGCUCCUGCAAGAUGCUUCCAUCGUCCGUGUCGAAGCCCUUGGACGGAGCGAAACGAAUGACCUCGUCGGUCGCCUUUCUGCGCAGCUUUCCAGUAAUAAGGAUGAUAUCAAGCGCCAGGUUAUUUUCGAGCCCUCGGAGAUGAUUGCAUUUCAUCUCGCGCGCUCGGGCACUGUCACGGGCGAGCGCAAGCCAUUUAAAUACCCGAAGCACAUCUAUCUCGACCAGUUCCUUAAGGAAAAUAUUGAGCUGGCAGAGAGCAAGAGGGUGCAGCAGCGGGACCUUCAUGCAGAAAUUCAAAAGCUGGUGUUGCAUAACAAAUCCUUGACGCAUUUCAAUGACAAAGACACCCUAGCGGACCUGCGGUCAUCGAUAUACUAUUACGAGAAUGUAGCAGAUGCGAAGGGCGACGACGAGCGUGCUCGUGUCACCCAAAUUAUGGCUCAAAAACUAAAGAAUAUCCUCGCUCAGGUAGAGAAGGAAAUCAAAGUCUCGGACAUCAACAUUGCGAAGAUGCGUGAUCAAGCCGCAACGCUUCUAGAUUGCCCUGAACUCCAACGCGCCAGAAUUGAUGUAGAGAACCAUAAUCGUGUGUUAUUGGAGCAGUUGCAGUUUUCAGAAGCGGAGAGUCAUGCCAAUCAGGACAAGGAAAACGUCUUGACCUAUACCGAGGAGGACCGAAUGGAAUCAAUGGAUGUUUUAUGCUGACUUGAAUGAAAAUAAACUUUAUGUUGGGGAUGCUGGGUCAGAGUAAAUGCCGUCGUACAAACCGAGCGGCUAACGAUGGAUAAUUAUAAAAUCUGUUGCUGUAGCAAGGUACAUGGAAAGUUACGUGUGGUAAUGGGAAGAAAAAAGCUCUGUAGACGUUCUAGACGAGUCUCUAUCGCGUCCAUCGAGCAAGGCGUAGCGUCGAGAGAAGGCAAAAAAAAUGUAACGAGAAGAAAAUAUAAAUAAGGGGCAAUCACGGCCACUGCAUGUCCAUCAGUAGACCAGCGAGCCGCAAGAAGUAGACAAGCACAACGUAAAAAUGAAAGAAGAGCAAUAGCAUCAGAUCCAUAAGAAUUCACUCCGUGGCAGGCUUCCCUAGUCGAAGCGCAUUGCAUCCAGCGACGGGUU